AUGCUGAAGAAGGCGUACCUGCUGGCCUACAAUGGCUCCAUGCUCACUGGCUGGGCUCUUAUUCUUUUUAAGGUUGUCAAUCAUGUGGCGUCUGGGAAAAACGUCUGGGAUGUUUACCCGCUUAUUGCCAGGCUGCUCCUUGUAUUUCAGGGCGGUGCAGUGAUGGAGAUAAUUCAUGCCAUGCUGGGUUUGGUGCGU